AGCUUUAGCCAACGCCGGCCGCCGUGUCAAGCUCGAUCUUUUACCGGAACCCUCUGGAGAUUUGGGUGGCUCCUCUGAACAUGACAAAGUCGGAGAGGAUAUAGAUCCAACACAACAUCCUGGGUUACCCAAGUCACCAUCAUCUUCAGGUGGGUUCUAUCAGUUUUCUUCAAAUGGACUAAGUAGAGAGGGCAUGAGUGCUCUCCUUAUUUUGGUGUGGAACUAUAUGUACAAGCCAUGUUAUGUUGUUUGCCCCCGGAAUUUGUUUACGGACUGUAGGGUGGCUGUGGUCCUGGGAACAUUCAUUUGAGAUCAGGUCGGGCCCUGUCACUGUGAAAUUCUGAAUGACUCCCAACCUGUUAUGCCAUAUUCUGCAGCAACAAAGCAUUUUGGAGAUUUCGUCUGGAAAAUUUUCCAUCGGUCAACAACCACAGAAUCCUCUUCAAUUACUUGGGCAGUAUAGUGAUGAUGAAUUGGACGAGGAGUCAAAUAACCUGUCAAGUUCUAACAAUGCCACUUUGGAUGGAUCCAUUUCUGAUCCUAAUAACCUGGAUAAAGGACCACUUGGUGAACAAUGGGAAAAUGUUGAUGCAAAUGCAGUCAAAGACCUUGCUUCUCAUAAUAAUGAACAACAGGAGACGGAUGGGGAUUCUAUUGAUGUUUCGAAGACCAUGGAAACUGAUGUCACAGGAGCUACUGAUGCUACUGAUGAUGAUGACCUACACAAAGAAUUGGGUUCCAUGGAGCAGAAUUCCAUUGCCGGUUCUCAUGCACAGGUGAUUCGAAAUAGUAAUGCUCAAGGCUGGAAAGUAGUAAUGCAUGAGGAGAGCAAUCAAUAUUACUACUGGAAUACAGAGACUGGUGAAACUUCUUGGGAAGUACCUGAUGAUUUGGCUCAAAGAACUGAAUUGGCAUUUGAACAGAAGACUAACAAAGAUGAAAAUACAGAGAUUGCUUUAGUGAGUCCACAUGUGUUCGAUUUAAAAACAGUUGCUUCCACUGCUGAAACUAAUAUUGAUGGCUCAGCAGGUGCUGAUUUGAUUUCUCAAAGAAAAGUGGUGGACGAUGAUGGUCCCCAUGUAGAUGAGCAAACUUUGAAAGCUGAUUCUAAUCAAAUUGAUUUAAAAUGCAAGCCAGAUGCAAUUAAUGCUCCUUUGGAUUAUGGAGCUUUAGCUGGUGCAGACAACAGUAUACAUGAUACAGUAGCUGAUGAAGAAGGUAACGAAGGGGUCAAUCUUUCUGCUCGUCUUGUGAAUCUGUGCGAGUGUUUGCUGGGCAGACUCAAGUCACUGGAAGGGUCUGAGGGCCACCUAGAACGUCAUGACUGGAUGACAAAGUAUAUGUUAGAAAUUGAGAUUAGACUUUCUGAUAUAAGGUCUCUUAUUUCUAGUGGCUCAUCUGUACUUCCCUUUUGGGUGCAUUCUGAAAGGCAGCUUAAACGGCUAGAAGAUACCAUUAAUCAUGAAAUAUACCAGCUUGCUAUAUCUGCACAAAUGGAUUUAGUCGAAGCGACCUCCUCCCAUCCUGUUAGAGAAAGGGACAAUUUAGAGGGAAGCAAGGGGCUUGAAUCAGAAUCAGAGGAACAUGGAAACCAUGCCGUUUAUUCUACUCAUGAAUUAGGUCUUGUUUCCACUGGUGUGGACUCCUCAACAGCAGCUGACAACAAUUUAUGUAAUGAAAAUCCUUACAGCAAUGUUGCAUAUGGUGGACAUGUUUCUUCUUUUGAAUCACCCACUAGGGAUUUGGUCAAUGGUUCCAUCGCUAGUGAACAAUCUAAUGAGACUGCUCUUCCUGAUGAACCAAUGUCUGAGCCCGGUUACCAUGCCGGGGAAGAUAUUGACAUGGAUGUGGACAUGGAAGUUGAAGAUGCAAUCACUACAGGAAGUACGGCUGUUGGAGAUGCAUCACAUGCUGGAGAAUUUUCUUCACGUCCUCCAUCUGAGCUACUAAUUCAGCCAAAGCCACCUACGGAGUUCCAAUCUUUGGUGUUUGAUGAUGCAUCAAUUCAUCCACCUCCUCGAGAAGAAGGAUGGAUUCCCCCACCUCCACCCGAUGAUGAUGAGGUUCCUCCACCACCUCCAGAUAAUGACGAGGUUCCUCCACCCCCUCCGGAUAAUGAACAGGUUCCUCCACCGCUUCCUAAUGAGCCUCCUGACCCUUCAUAUCCUACGCUGCCAUCUUAUUCGGGGACUGAACCACCUUUCUCCUACACUGGACAAUACAGUAUAACUUAUCCAGAUUCUAAUUUUCAAUACUAUGGACAUGUGGUUACUGAUGUCUCGGGUAAUAAUUUCUAUGGACAUGCUGAUGGAUAUCAAGUUGCUGUGCCCCAAACAACAAUAUAUUACGAAGGAGUUCCUAACAUGUAUGCUGAAACUGCUCCAGUCUUAGUUAACCCUGUUGAGACUGUCCCAUAUUUUCAAGAUGAAACUGUGCCUCCUGUACCUGGAACUUCAAGUUCAGAAUACUCACAGUUUCAAAGUGAAUCCAGUUCCAAGAGUGGUAUGAUUUCUUCUAAUCGCACUGGGUCUGUUGAUGCUUUUACUGAUGUGGGAUCAAAUGUGAAUGUGGAUAUAUCUUCCGUUCGUGGAGAGGCUUUGACGGCAUCACUAGCGGUCCCUUUUAAUUCGGCCACCAUCCAAGCUUCUGCAUCUAUCUUACCAAAGGAAGGUGGGUCUGCACUGGGAACCGGUGCAAAUGCUGCUAAUGCAGCAGUUGCUGUGUCAUCAACAACUUCCAAUGUUCAGUCUAAGGUUCUGCGAAGUAAAAAGCGGACAGUAGCUUCUGCAUCCUCCUUGAGGUCUAAUAAGAAGGUAUCUAGUUUGGUGGACAAGUGGAAAGCAGCCAAAGAGGAGUUGAAUGAGGACGAGGAAGAUGAACCUGAAAAUGCUCUUGAGAUCUUAGAGAAUAAGCGGGAAAGAGAAAUCAAGGAAUGGUAUGCUCAGCAAAUUGCAAGUGGAGAGGCCAGGGACAAUGCAAAUUUUCAGCCGCUGGGAGGAGAUUGGCGUGAGCGGGUGAAGCGUAGGAGAGCUAAAGCAGCCAAGGAAACAGCUAAUGAGAGUCCACCACAGACACUUAUUCAUGAAAACCGGCAACCUGAUUUAGCCGAAGUCUCGAGGAAUCUUCCUUCUGGAUGGCAGGCUUAUUGGGAUGAAACUACAAAACAGGUAUAUUAUGGAAAUACAAUCACCUCAGAGACAUCUUGGACCAGACCAACAAAAUGAGCCAUAAGUGAAAUUAGCAGAUAGAUUGAAAUCAUCUUGUUACUGGUUGUAUAUUCAAUUUUGGGAUCUAGUUUGUAAACCAGAGGAUUCUAUUUCUCGGGUUAAAUGCUUUCUUUCUACCCUUCAUUUUUGUAUGGGACAUGGUUGUGAACUACGUUCGGAGUCUUAGGAUGGUACCAUGGAAGGAGAAUACACCACAAGUUCCAUCAUCAA